UGGGUUACCCGGAUACCGGGGUCACAAACCCAAGUAGCGUGGACUCUGUACUCCCCAGGACGUAGAUAGACGUAGUCCCAACCUGACCAAUCAACCAACGUGCUGGCUGCGUGUUACACAUACAGUUGAGCAGGUGUGCAAAUACCUAUCAGCGAUAAACAAGAUCUUCGGUGUGUGAACGUCUCCAGUUGUACUGGUCUGUGCUGACCUUGUCGGGUGGUUAGUGAACACAUAUUGCAGCCGAGCUCCCACGUGUUGCCAAGGAAUAUUUUCUUCUAUCUAUGUGACCCCUGCCCCACUCAUUGGAAGAAGACACAUGUACACAACAAUAAUAAUGCACUUUAGUAUCCUGAGAGGUAAAGCAGGAUUUCUACUCAAGCUUGAGUGAAGGUGACGACACCAGCAGCUCUGUAUCCAAGCAUUGGAAGCCUUGCCCAGGACCCGUUGCCAUGGAGAACUACGGCAUGGAGAAGGACGAGGACACGUAUGAUGAAGUAUUCAUGGACGACUCGGAGGUCAAGGCCAGAAUGGAGGCCAACACAAAGCCGAAGAAACAGAAAGUCACAUCUAAGAAGCUGGUGGUCGUCGUCUGCAUCUGCUGACGGAGAUGUGCGAGAGGCUGACCUUCUACAGUGUCGGCGCCAACACCGUGUUGUUCGGCACCAGCGUCCUCAAGUACUCCUCCACUGACGCGGCGCACGUCGCCAACAUCUUCACAGGUGUGGUCUAUCUGUUGCCUCUCCUGGGUGGCUUCGUGUCGGACGCCUGGGCGGGAAAGUUUAGAACCAUCGUGGGCGCCGGCUUCCUGUAUACCCUGGGUCUGGUGCUGUUGCCGGCCUCUGCCAUUGACUACCAGACGCUGUUCGGCCAGCAGGAGGACGGCUCUUACUAUGACUUGAGUGUCGACACAAGACGAGCUUUAUUCCUCAGCGGCCUUACCUUCAUCGCCCUGGGUACAGGAGGUAUCAAGGCUAAUGUCGGACCCUUUGGGGCUCAACAGCUGGUGGACAACGGCGAGGGGGCUGUUCAGGCAUUCUUCAACUGGUUCUACUGGUUCAUCAAUGUGGGGUCACUGAUCGCUUACACCGGAGUAGCCUACAUCCAGCAGGAGGUCAGCUUUGCCUGGGGCUUCUUCGUGCCGCUCAUCAGCAUGGUCAUUGCUAUUAUCAUCUUCAUCGCCGCCCAGACACUGUACAUCCACAAACCUCCAGGUGGAAGCAUCCUGGCGACGAGUGUGUUAGUGUGUUGUCAAGUCUGUGUCAGAAGACGUCCAGUGCUGCCUCCUGGCCACAAGCGGCGGGUGUUCGACAAAGCCAAGAAACAGUAUGGCGGCUCCUUCGACUCCGACGUGGUGGACAGCGUCAAGAGCGUCCUGGCCGUCAUCCCCGUCUUCAUCACGGUCAUCAUGUACUGGGCCAUCUACGCUCAGAUGACAACCACCUUCUUCUUCCAAGGGGAACGCAUGGAUGUUCGAGUAGGGGGGAUAAACAUCCCUGCUUCCGGUCUCAAUGCCUUCAACACCAUCAUCAUCAUCAUUCUCAUCCCGAUCGUCGACCGUGGCCUCUAUCCUUUCUUGCAGCGCAUCGGCCGCCCCCUGACUCACCUGCAGCGGAUGGGCAUCGGCUUCCUGCUGGCCGCCCUGUCCGUGGUGGUGGCCGGCGUGGUGGAGAUCGCGCGCAAGGACCGGAUGCACGAGGCGCACGGCGUGCACAUGCAGGAGCUGGGUGGCGAGAAGUUCAACGCCUCUGACCUCUCGGUGUUCGCACAGGUGUCGGAGUACGCGCUGGUGGGCGCCAGUGAGGUCUUCGCCAGCAUCUGUGGUCUGGAGUUCGCCUUCACUCAGGCGCCCAAGUCCAUGCAGGGAGUGGUCACGGGACUCUUCUACGUGGCGUCAGGCCUGGGCAGCUUCGUGUCCGACGGCAUCCUCAACGCCGUGAAAGCCGCUUCCAAGGACUAUCCCUGGUUCGAUGACGAGAUCAACAACGCCCACGUGGAGUAUUUCUUCUUUCUGCUGGCGGGUCUCAUGCUGCUAGACUUCCUCGUCUUUCUCGUCAUCGCCCGCUUUUACCGUUAUCGCAAGCCCAGCCCCGAGGGUGGGGGCGAGGUGAAGGCAGGGGAAGGAACAAUAGAAUGGAAAGAAGACCUUACUCACCUCUGACCUAAAGGAAAUAACGUCACCGAAGGACAGGAAAUGACGUCUUUGAAGUACAGAGUAAGCGGUCUUCACCAGAUCGCCAUCGCCAUAACUACACGUUGACACAUUGUAGUCUCAUUCUAACUGAACGGCAGGGGACAGACAUCAACAUAAACAUCUUUGUAUGUACACACUUUUGUAUCAGACUUUAGAUGAAGUGUAAACAUUGAGUGAAGCAUUAAGAUGAAAUCCACCGGAAGUGGCUCACAUGACUGGUUUCUGGUCUGACUAACCUGAUAGUGUUUUAGUCCAGUGUCCGCCACACUUGUACUUAACAUAAGUUGUGAGGGCAGCGUUGGUCCUGAAUAAUUUCAUGAUCAUUGUUGUCUUGUUUGUAAAUAAAAUAUUGUCGUAAAGCA